AUGAACAUGGGAACAGGCAAAACAUCCGUCGUCAUUCCGAUGGCUGCACUCGUGCUGGCAAACACGAGCAAGCUCUGUAGGGUAAUAGUUCCGAAAGCUCUGCUGCUGCAGACAGCGCAGGUACUUCAGAGCCGUAUUGGUGGACUCAACGGGCGCCAGGUCUGCCAUAUCCCAUUUUCUAGACGUUCGCCUUCCAACGCGACGACAUUAUCCAAAUACAAAGACAUUCACAAUCGAAUUUUGCAAACCGGUGGAAUUAUGCUAUGUUUACCAUCACAUAUUCUCUCUUUUAAGCUGAGCGGGCUGCAACGGCUUGCGGACCAUCGACUGAAGGACGGAAGACAGAUGGUGGAGAUUCAGGCCUGGCUAGAUUCUACUUGUCGCGAUGUCCUUGAUGAGUCUGACAUGACUCUGUCUGUCUACACGCAACUUAUUUACCCUAGUGGAGAUUUGAUAACCCUUGAUGGUCAUGCGUACCGUUGGCUUGUCGUGGAGCAACUGCUGGGCUUCGUGGAGGGCCAUUCUUCAAGUCUCCAAAAGACGUUUCAGGGGCAAGUUGUUGUUGUCCCGAGACACCAAGGCUAUCCUAUUAUACACUUUAUCACCAAAGAUCCCGAGGAUGCACUGAAUGAGCUUCUUGUCGAAGACAUCUGCAAGGGCCGGCUGCCACAGUUUCAGAUUCGUGAAGAGGAGGUCGAGAAUACGAAGAGUCUCAUCAGAGAUAUCAUAACUGGCGCUCAUGUUUCUUCGUCCGAAUGGGAUCAAGCAUACAAGUCUAUGAAAGACGUGACUUUUGGUCCCAAGAUUCUGUAUCUUCUCCGUGGACUCAUUUCGCAACGAAUUCUUCUGGUCUGUUUGAAGAAAAAAUGGAAUAUCCAGUACGGCCUGCAUCCGGAAAGACAGCCCAUCGCAGUGCCAUUUGAAGCAAAGGGAACACCCUCACAAGCUGCUGAGUACGGACAUCCUGAUACGACACUUAUUUUGACGUGUCUUGCCUUCUACCAGCAGGGUCUUUCGAAAGAGCAAUUGAAGCAAGGGCUACAGGGAGUCAUGCAAUCCGACGAUGCAGCAGCUCACUACGAUCGAUGGGUAUGCUCCUGUACUACUCUGCCCCCAUCCCUCCAGUACUGGAGUUCGCUGGACCCCGAGAACGAUCUACAAGUGGAAACCCUUUGGAUAUAUCUUCGGUUUGACCGCACUGUGAUUAACCAUCACUUGAAUACCUAUAUUUUUCCGCGAUACGCUAAGCAGUUUCCCGUGAAGCUUUUAGCUUCAGGGUGGGACAUUCCCCUGCUGCAACCAGCCGGCAGCGGCGACGAACACAGCUUUACAACAGGGUUCAGUGGAACCAACGAUAACAAGAGAAUUCUCCCACAGACAAUCAAGCAGAAUGAUUUGCCCAAACUGCUGCACACAAAUGCGGAAGUGCUGUGCCACUUGCUGGAAAGGAGAAACGCAGACUGCUACUUGACGGCGGUGUCUGGAGUCCGAUUCGACGAACAUGCAACUCUGCGAUUUCUCUGCGACAAACAAAUAAGGGUGCUAAUAGAUGCAGGUGCACAUAUACUGGAGAUGGAAAACCAAGAUGUUGCCAGAACGUGGCUCGGUAUUGACACCCAAGCGGAAGGCGCUGUUUAUUUUGGCGCAAACAGCCAAAUCAUGGUGCGGUCAAGGUUUCAAAAGGACCCGAUGCCUCUUAUAGCUAGCCCUUUUGCCAAUGACAUCGAAAAAUGUGUCGUGUACAUUGACGAAGGCCACACUCGUGGAACAGAUUUGAAGCUCCCAGCAGACGCCAAAGGGGCAGUCACACUGAGCCUGGGUCAGACUAAAGACCAGACUGUUAAAGCUGCCAUGAGACUGAGGCAACUCGGGACAACUCAGUCGGUCGCAUUUCUAGCGCCACCAGAGGUAUUUCAAGGAAUUCUGGAUUUGCGUCUGGCUCAUACACAGGAAUUUUACCGAUCGUCUAAUAUCGCCUCGCGAGAUGUUGUGCGCUGGUUGCUCGAGCAGAGCUGCAAAGUCAACGAGCAAAUGAUGAGCCUCUAUCUCUCCCAGUGCCGGGAUUUCUGCCGUCGCACAGACAUGCUGUGGAAGUAUCCAGACUACGCAACAAGCAAGAAUGAUCUCGAAAAGGUUCUAGGCGUAAUUCGACAAGAGGAGCAACAGACCCUGCAUCAGAUGUAUGGACCGAGGCUUCCAUCUCAGCAGACUGCCCGCGUCACACUUGCUUCCCGGCAGCUUCAGGUGUUUGCUCAAAGCGUAGAGCAAAUGGCGCGACAUGUGCAGUCGAGCUACUCAUCCGCGCUCAUGGAAGUUGAACAAGAGAGGGAAAUCGUGCUCGAAGUCGAGCACAUGCGCGAGAACCAAAAAAGGAUACGACACGUUGCUCUUGCAUUUCCGGGCCUUGAUACUGCCAUUACUGCCUUCAUUGAGACUGGUAAACUUGAUACGCAAGGUACCGGUACAAGACCACCUCUCCUACAAGCUUUCGACUAUGUAGGAAGGACAAAGAUUGGGAAAGUGUUUGGUAUUCAAGCGACAGCUUCGCGUCUCUACGUCUCCCACGAGUUUUCUCAAACAAUUGACAUGACUCACGCUAGGGAGAAAGACGAUAUUAUACGUCCUGUGAACUGGAUUCUGUGGAGUCCGUCGUCGGAAACAGCACUCAUUGUUAUACCAGAGGAGGCUGAUGUCGUUGUACCUUUGCUGCGCAAAAUAGCAAAGCCACGUGUUUGGUUGCUGGGCUAUGCCGCUCCAGUCACAAAAUCGAUGCAAACCUUCAAUCGCCUGAGCUGCUUGACGGUACCGAGGUGGCCCAGCGCUCGCGAGGUGCCUGUUUGGUUGGGAAUCGAAGUUGGCAUUUUCAGCGGCAGACUAUACUUUGAGUUUGCAGAAUACAAACCCUUGCUUGCAUGGCUGGCCGCUCUCCCGAACACUGGAAGGGCUGGUGGGCUGGCCAGCGGCGGAAGUGAGCAGCUGCUACAGUUUCUGCAGGAAUGGCUUACUUUCAGGCGUCGGACAGAAGAUAUUCUUUACACCCCUGUUGGAUUUGUGUGCCAGCGUCAAGAGCUUCACGAGGGUCAUUUCUUUUUCUCAGGUAUGGGAGCUACCACUGCGCACACGGCGUCCACGGCUGCGGGCGUCCGCGGCCGUGAAGCCACACUUGAUCAUGAUGAAGCAAAUGGUGUGCUCUAG